GAUUCCCCCAACAGACUGAUGGAUAUGUACUUUAACGGACUAACCAAAGUGCCGAAAAAUGAUUUGAUUGAGCUUUUUCAUCACAAAAAAAAAAAGAAAUUGGGGAUGCUGAUGCUUUUAAGAUAGCAAUACUUUAUUUUAUCAACACAUUCUUAUUCUCAACUGAGAGUAAUAGAGCAUUUGUUCCCAAGUUACACUUUGACUUGGUUGAAAGCGGAGAAUAUAUGAAUUAUCCAUGGGGAAAUGAUUGCUUCAAAGCGCUGUUGUCUUCAAUCAGUCACAAGUUGGCGAAUGAUCCAACCUACUAUAGGUUUGAGGGUUUUCCCCUGGCCAUUCAAGUAUGGUUUUAUGAAUGUUGCUCGAAGGUAGAUCCUACGGUUGCAACCCGUAUUGGAAACCACUUCCCUCGUAUUUUUAAUUGGCGAACAACUUCGCAAAGAGUCUACUUUGCCCAUCUGAAGAAGGGGAUGUUCAAAAAGUACAGCAAUCAGCUGGUUUUUACCAACAUUCUCCCAACAGAUGAGGAGAAGGUAGCUAUCAACUUUAUGGAGUUUCCAGAAGAGACAGCGGUCAAAGAUGUGUUAGAACCACAGGAUCCCACACAGUCGAGUCCCUCUGUACGUGGUUCUGAAUUUGAUGCGUUGAAGAAGGAAGUUGCAAAUGUCCGCAAAGAUCUUAAAUCAUUUGAGAAAAAGGUCGGUGAACAGUUUGUUGACAUGAAAGACUACAUGGACAAGUCAAUUAUGAAUUUACUUAAAGAUCUAAAGUCCAUGUUUGGCAGGCAAACUGAAACUCCUGAAGCUAAGAUGUCUGGCAGUGUUAAGGAUGUUACAAAAGAACCAAAGACAAGCAACAAGAAUGAUGGACUUCAGCACAACCUAUAUUUUCAUUUUGAUGAACCGAUAGGUGAUUUUGACAUUGGUGGGCAGGAUGUAAGUGAGCAAAUAUCCAAUCACAUUGUAGUAGAUGCAUCUGCUUUGAAGAAUGGGAUUAAUGCUUCUAUUCCAGUUGGUGAGCAAGUUGGAGAUGGUGAAGCAUGUGAUAAAUAUAUAGUUGACCCAGACAAAUUGAAGAGUCAUCCUAUUGAUACUCUGAUUUCAGAACAUAAUCUAGAUGAUGUGGUUGCUGGCAUUGAUAAGUUGGGUGCUUUGGGCAAUUCUGCCACUAAGACCCCUACCCUUGAUGAUUUUGAAAUGCCUCCAUUUACCGAGUCUCAAAUAGUAGCGAUUGAAACCAAAGGUGGUGACAUCGUUACACCUGAACAACAAGCAAGAAAUAGAAAUCCUGGACCGUAUGGUAAAUCACCAUACACUGAUUUUAGUUCAGGCGGCAGCAGCACAAUCAAUUCUCCUACAUACUUUCACUUUAAACACCCAUUCACAAAUUGCAUUGGCUUUGAUGUUGACAAUGAUCUGAUCACCGAAUUUAAGGAUUGGGUGAAAUCGAAAAUGUCUACAAGACAUGGGAGGGAAUCAGUGUUCUCUAAAAAGGCCAAUAAGAUUGUGAAUCCUUUUAAUAUGGGAGUUGAUACAGUCGACAAAAUGGAGUGGUUCCACACUAUACUGACUACUGGAAAGUGUUGGCAAGACUCGGUCAUUCAUGUGUAA